AAUUGACACAAACUCGUCGCAUCCACGUGGCUUCCCACUAAAAUUGUCCGGAACAAAAAAUAUUCUUGUUCUGAAAGCACCUUCAUUACUGUCCAAGCAAUGAUAUAAGCUAUUGGAAUCGCAGAAGGCCCGAGGUGGAAACAGAGGAACUAUGGAUUUCUCCACAGUUUUAUUGCUGUUUUCUUUGGUUUUUGCGGCGACUACCCCAAAUCUCAAAGCAAUCGAAGAAGAUCCCACCGUCAAAACAAUGCAAGAUUUUUCUGGUUAUUUUGAAGAAGACACUUACGGCUUGCUGGAUUCUCAGACUUUAUUCGUCGACAAAGAAAAUUUACAGCGCCAGAUUGAUGAACUGUCAACUUUCUCGGAUAGUCCAGCUCCAUCAGUGACCCGCAUUCUGUACAGUGAAAAUGACAUUUUAGCUCGCAGGUAUAUUAAAGGCCUUAUGGAAGAAGCUGGUCUUAUUGUCCGUGAGGAUGCUGUAGGAAAUAUAUUCGCCCGGUGGGAAGGCACCAAUUCAGAAUUACCUGCUAUAGCAACUGGUUCUCAUACUGAUGCUAUUCCGUACUCGGGGAAGUAUGAUGGAGUUGUUGGGGUUUUGGGCGCUAUUGAGGCUAUCAAUGUGCUUAGAAGAUUAGGUUUCAACCCAAAUAGAUCACUGGAGGUGAUUAUGUUCACUUCUGAGGAGCCUACACGUUUUGGAAUAAGCUGCCUUGGAAGCCGGUUAUUGGCAGGUAGCAUGACACUCUUGGAAACUCUUAAAGGGUUAGUUGACAGUCAGAAUAUAUCAUUUGCAGAAGCUGCAAAGGCUGCAGGAUAUCACGGAGCUCUAGGGCUCUCAGAUGGCAUUUCACUAGAAAAGGGUGCUUACUCUGGAUUUGUGGAGCUGCAUAUUGAGCAAGGCCCACUUCUUGAGGAAGAAGGUAUUCCUAUUGGUAUUGUGACAGCGAUUGCUGCACCUGCAAGCAUUAGAGUUGACUUCACGGGCAAUGGAGGCCAUGCUGGAGCUGUGCUGAUGCCUUACAGGAAUGAUGCAGGACUGGCUGCUUCUGAGUUGGCGCUGGCAGUUGAAAAGCAUGUUUUGGAGUCUGGCUCUGUGGAUAGUGUAGGGACAACAGGUGUCAUGGAGAUUCACCCAGGAGCAGUUAAUAGCAUUCCAAGUAAAGCACAUGUAGAGAUUGACACUAGAGAUAUUGAUGAAGAACGCAGAAACACUAUAGUCCAUAAGAUUUAUCAAUCCGCUUUAGAAAUAGCCAAAAAACGUGGGGUUACACUGUCAGAGUUCCAUAUUGUGAAUCAGGACCCACCAGCACAUUGUUAUGAAUCUAUAAUUGAAGCAAUGAAGGACACAUCCAAGCAUCUGAAUUUAAACUACAAGCUCAUGAUCAGCAGGGCAUACCAUGAUUCUUUAUUCAUGGCCAGGAUUACACCAAUGGGCAUGAUCUUUAUUCCAUGCUAUAAAGGUUACAGUCAUAGGCCAGAUGAAUAUGCAUCGAUUGAUCACAUUUCCAAUGGAGUGAAAGUACUAGCAUUAACGCUUGCAAAGCUUUCUUCAAGCUGAUGAUUAUUGUUGUGCUUUCUUCAAUUAGGACCAUGGUGCCCUUUGCAAUAUCUUUGACAUUGACAUUUAUAAAAGAAAACUCUUUUAUGUACAUUUAAAUUCAUCCAAUUACUUGUAAUGUACAAAUUGAGUAUCACAAUUCAAUUUGUAGAAGAAAAUGAUUUUGUAUAUUUAAAUUUUUUACAUUUCAAUAUAUAAAUAAAUUUGUGGUC